AGUCACCCAAAGAACAUAAAACAGUUUUGGAAACAGAGCCAAGGAGCCGGCUUUUGCAUCAUAGUCUUUGCUGCACCAGCCAUGGCUGUAGGGUUAAUGGAGGUGCAUCUGGUGAAAGCCAAAGGUCUUGAAAACAAGGAUUUCCUAGUUAAAAUGGAUCCUUAUGUUCUGAUUCAAUACAAAGGUCAAGAAAGGAAGAGCAGCGUGGCUAGAGGCAACAGUUCGAACCCAACGUGGAACGAGAGAUUUACCUUCAAGGUGGAGUAUCCAGGAUCAGGUAGCGAAUACAAGCUCAUCCUCAAAAUCAUGGACAAGGACACAUUUUCUGCUGAUGACUUUGUUGGGAAAGCCACGAUUUACGUGGAGGAGCUGCUGGCACAGGGUUCAGAAAAUGGAACUGCUGAGCUACACCCUUCUAAAUACAGUGUGGUAAAUGCUGAGAAUAAUUAUUAUGGGGAAAUUGAAGUUGGUGUUACUUUCACCCCCAAGGAGGAAGAGGAAUCUAAAGAGGAGUAUGGAGGCUGGAAGGAAAGCAGCUAUUAGUUCCUCUCAAGGCGUAAUAUCCGUGAUUACUGAAUUUCAUGUUGGACUAAUGUGAAAUCUGCAGGCAUUGUUUGUUAUUUGUACUCUUUUGUUUUUAUUUUGGUUUGAAAACGAUCAACUCUAUGCCUAACGUAAUUGCAUUUUGCAAAGAAUGUGUCAUCUUCUUAAACAUGGCAAAAACACUUCUUAAACCCUCAAAUUUACCUCAAAAGAAUAUUUAAGUAUUUAAACUAAAAAUGAAACAGAUAAGCCCUCAAACUCUAUUAAUGAUGCAAAUAAGCUCUUCUUAUUCAUGGUUUUUUCUGCUUUCAAGGUGAUAUCAAACUUGAAAUACCGUUUGGUCCAUUUGUAAGAAAGGUUUAUUUGCAUUAAUAAUGAAGUUGGAGGGUUUAUUUAUUUCAUUUUUAAUUUAAAGGUUUAAAUGUUAUUUUAGGAUAAAUUUGGGGGUUUAAGAAGGAUUUUUGCCUUUUCAAACAUCAAACAUGAGAAAAUUAGUGGCCCAAAACAAAAGAAGAAGAAGAAGAGAUAUUCAAUUUAAAAUGUUCCCAAGGAAGCUUCCUUUGUGAGAUGUAGGCCACUUUUUUGUAGCAAAAUUAAUUUUAUUGUUCUGC